GAAGUAGUAAGGCAAGGAUCGUAGUGAUCCAAGUCACACGGCGGGAAAGCGGAGAGAUGCCGACAAACUGUUUAGAACCGGCCGUCAUUGAUUCCGUCCAAAUCUCUCCCCCUCUCAGCUCUCUACAACCCCCCGAACACACCAUUAACCGUCAUAACGGCUGUUAAGCAACGCCGCCCGGUCUUCCGGUUGACGCGUGUCUGGACAACUCGGAUGCCACGUAACCCAGACAACGAUAAUAAUAUGCCACCACGCUCGGGGCGGGGGCGGCGGCCAAGGACAGUCAAACCUUUCGUUGACUGCGCCGAAUAUUUUCAAUUUUCCUCGCCGAUCUCUCCCUCCUCCCCUAUAAAGCCCCCAUCGCUGCCCUCUCCUUUAUCUAUCCUGCCCUACAUUGUCUCGUCUCAUUUCGUUACGUUUCAUCUCUUCUCUUCUCUCUGUUCUUUCUCUGCUGCUCAAACCGGAAAAUUUUCUCGAGGUGGCCCCGCCUCGCAUUCGUAGAUAUGGCACCCAGAGAUAAAACUAACGGCGUCAAAGGAGGGAACAGUGCUGGUAACGGCAACGGCAACGGCAAGGAGGUACAUUUCAGGGGUGUGAGGAAGAGGCCCUGGGGUCGGUACGCUGCCGAGAUCAGAGACCCCGGGAAGAAGAGCCGUGUCUGGUUAGGAACGUUUGAUACGGCCGAGGAGGCCGCAAGGGCUUACGACGCCGCUGCUAGAGAAUUCCGUGGAUCUAAGGCUAAAACUAACUUUCCUUUGCCUUCUGAGAGUAAUAAUAACCAGAGCCCCAGCCAAAGCAGCACUGUCGAGUCCUCAAGCCGGGAGGGGUUCUCUCCGGCACCGAUCACUACUCCCUCGACGUUGGAUCGAGACCUCUUGCACCGCGGCGCCGGCGCUGGUGCUGUCGGAGGUGCUGCUGCUGGCUUCGCGGUCAGAUUCCCGUUUCAACACCACGCGCCGUCUGCUGUUGCCGGGGUUUUACCGACCGCGCAUCCGCUUUUCUUUUUUGACGCGAUUGUUCGGUCGGAGAAUAUGACCCACCACCGUCUGAGGUUCGACCCCGCGGCUGCUGAUUACCAAGCCGCUUUUGCUGGUGGUGGGGUCCAGAGUGACUCCGACUCAUCAUCCGUCGUUGAUUUCCACCAUCACGACGAACAGAGCCCACGGAGGAGAGUCCUUGAUCUUGAUCUCAACCUCCCUCCACCUGAAGUUGCCUGAUCUUGCCGGAUUUUUGAGAUCGUUAGGUCGUAGCCGACGGCGUUAGAUCGGGGCCUUCUGUUUUUCAAAAUUCUCUUUUUUAUUUUCAUUAUCUUGCAAUUUUAAUCUUUUUUCAAGAAAAAAUUUAAACAACAAAAAAAACAUAGAGACGGGGAGAUAGCCGAAGAGCGCAGCCUGUUGAGGAAAUGUUGAGAGCUGUUCAUCGCACUAGAUGCCAAUAUUCAAUGUAAAUACGUGACGGGAACUUUUUUUUUUCCUUCUCUCUUGUUUUCGCAACUGAGAUCUCAAGAGUUACUCAAAUGUUGUUGUCGACCGCUGAAACUGAGACUACUACCGUGUAACUAUGCAUCCUCCAUUAGAAUUUCGUUGAAAAAAUGACUGAUUAUUUUUGUUC